ACACACAUGCUAGGGUCAGCGAAAUCAUACUCAAACCCAAAAACUACACCACGUAGAGCCAAUAAAAGCCCCUCUCAUUUUCGCUCUUUUCAAAGCACAGCCUCCUCCACAGAAAAUUUCUGUAGCUCCCUCUCCUUCCUUUCGCCGUCCUCUUCUUUCAACUCCUCAGCGGAAGGCGGAGAGAUUAGAUUCCUAAUCGCCGCCACUUGUCAGGGAAGUCACAAUGGUUGAUCAGGCUCGAAACCCGUCUCUCAUGCAGAAGGUAGCUGGCCAGCAUCUUCAUUCCGGCAUUUCUCAGGACAUCCAGAGGCCUGCUCUUUACCAAAGGCGUGCAUAUGGAAACUACUCGAAUGCUGCAUUCCAAUAUCCGUUGGCACAGUCAUACACUGCCUCUACUGACAUUUCUAUUAUUCCAUCAACUGCAUCUUCUGUUUGCUUACAUGCCCCUUCUGAAAAAGGAUUUUCCAGCUUUGCUAUUGAUUUCCUAAUGGGUGGAGUCUCAGCUGCCGUAUCAAAAACUGCUGCAGCUCCAAUUGAGCGUGUUAAGCUCUUGAUUCAAAAUCAGGAUGAGAUGAUUAAAAGUGGUAGACUCUCAGAACCAUACAAGGGUAUUGGUGAUUGCUUUAAGAGAACAAUUAAGGAAGAAGGAUUUGGUUCAUUAUGGAGGGGUAACACUGCCAAUGUUAUCCGUUACUUCCCUACUCAGGCCUUGAACUUUGCAUUCAAAGAUUACUUCAAGAGGCUCUUCAACUUCAAGAAAGACAGGGAUGGGUACUGGAAGUGGUUUGCUGGAAACUUAGCAUCUGGUGGUGCUGCUGGUGCUUCUUCCCUCCUCUUUGUCUACUCCCUGGACUAUGCUCGAACCCGUCUUGCUAAUGAUGCCAAGGCUGCCAAGAAGGGAGGCGAGAGACAAUUCAAUGGUCUCAUUGAUGUCUACAGGAAGACAUUGGCAUCUGAUGGUAUUGCUGGGCUUUACCGUGGGUUUAACAUUUCUUGUGUGGGAAUUAUUGUCUACCGUGGUCUGUACUUUGGAAUGUACGAUUCUUUGAAGCCUGUGGUUCUGACUGGAAAGAUGCAGGAUAGUUUCUUUGCUAGCUUCGCACUUGGUUGGCUCAUCACCAACGGUGCUGGUCUUGCAUCCUACCCCAUUGAUACUGUCCGUAGAAGAAUGAUGAUGACCUCUGGUGAAGCUGUCAAGUACAAGAGUUCUCUUGAUGCCUUCUCUCAGAUCUUGAAGAAUGAGGGUGCCAAGUCUCUCUUCAAGGGUGCAGGAGCAAACAUUCUCCGUGCUAUUGCUGGUGCUGGUGUGCUUGCUGGUUAUGACAAGUUGCAGCUGAUUGUCUUCGGCAAGAAGUAUGGAUCUGGUGGUGCUUAAGCAGCUUUCUCUUUGAGUUUGUUGCUUUAUUUAGCUUUAGAUGUUGAUGAAAAUCUUCGACUUUUGAGAAUUUAGCUCGAGCCAAUUUUUCUUUAAAUAAUUCAUUUGUAGGGGGGAGUUGCUCCCCAAACCCAAUUUUACUUUCGGAUGGGAUUUUUUACAUCAGAAACUUGAUUUAUAUGAGGCGUGGCUAAUGCCACUCCUGCUUUUUGAAGUUGAAUUCAUCAGAUUUCACAUAUUUUUCCAA